AUGAACUCUGCACCAACCGUGCAGCUCAUCCUACCAAGUAGGGACCUGCUCUACGACCACCACGGCCCUCCGAGCGGCCCCCUCGGUCUCUCGACGGAACGGCCGACGUCGUUCCACAACCCGUGGCCCUCGUACCGCUUCGCGACGUUCAGCGACGCCUUGCUCGCUUUCCAGCGCGGCGCAUCGGUUGCAGCGGCCCAGAAUGAGCCGGAAUGCCACGCGUGUGGAGAGUGGACGCGCGUCGCGUCGCGCUCGGCAUCCCUCAAUACCUUCCGUGAAAACGAGGAGGAUGACAAGGACAUGGUGGCACCGGGCGGGCUGUUCUACGACCCUGAGGACGACGAUGGCGACGAGACUCCGGUCCAAGAGUGGGGAAACGACGACGGGCCAGGUGGUCUAAGUUACCUGGCGCGUAAAGUGACGCACGUCACGGAGCGGCCAACGGGAUACAUCCGCCCUGAGAUGCUGGGCAUACAGGUCGACGACGAGGCGGACGACUGGCGCGAGCCGCCUAUUUGCGUCCGCCCUCCCCGAUGGCUCCGUGGAGAAGGGAGCGAUCGCGAGAGUGACCGCGGUGAGGGCGGGCCGGCAAAGCCCGCCGUGACUUGGAUCGGGCAUGCUAGUGUGCUCGUCCAGAUUCCGUUUACGGAUGGGAGCGGGAUGGCGGGCGUGCUCUUCGACCCUAUUUUCUCGCUCCGCUGCUCACCGACCCAGUACGUUGGGCCUGCACGCAGUCUCAACCCGCCAUGUUCGGUCGCCGAGCUCCCGCCCAUUCAUCUCGUUAUAAUCAGCCAUGACCAUUACGACCACCUUGACUACGACAGCAUCAUAGACUUGUGGAACUACCACAUCGAUACCGUGCACUUCAUCGUGCCCCUGGGUCUCGGACAGUGGUUUAUCGACUGCGGGAUUCCAGAGGCUUAUAUCAACGAGCUUGACUGGUGGUGUGAGGCACUGGUGCAGUUCCCAUCAGAGGGAUCCCGAACGUCAACACCAGUAUCCACCUACCCGCAGACAAGAGAACCUGAGAUCGACCCAUCCUCAAGACUUAGGCUCAAGGUAGCGUGCUGUCCGGCGCAACACCGUUCCGGCCGCGGAGUCUUUGACCAGAUGGCAACACUGUGGGCGUCGUGGGCAGUGGGCGUCAUCCCCUCAAACAUCAACAACCCCCUCGCGCCAGGUAUGAAGAACUGGAACUCGUUCAAGGUAUAUUUCGGCGGCGACACGGGGUACCGAUACGCAACAGCCCCAGACUCGGACGAGACGGCAAUCUGUCCGGCCUUUGAGGAGAUCGGCGAAACCUACGGCCCCUUCUCCCUCGCCCUCCUGCCACUGAGCACGGGGAGCAGCCUGCCGUUCCUGCGCAAGAUGUUCAGCCUCUCGCUCGACCAGUACACGCUCACGUCGAGCCAACACUGCUCCCCGGCUGACAGUCUCAAGAUCCACGGCGCGGUCAAGGCACGGCGUACAAUCGGGAUGCACUGGGGCACAUUCUGUGAUGCGGCCGAGGCACGCGCGACACGGGUCGAAUUUGGGAGGGCACGUCGAGACGCUGCGGUGGGAAGCGACUGGGAGAAUCCAGGGAUGAAGGGCGUGUUCGUCGCCCUUGAUAUUGGUGAGACGGUCGACGUCGAGCCGUAG